GACUGCUUGUUGAUUAAAAUCCAAGUUGUUUUAAAGCGGUAGUUUGUAUUGCUCAACAUAUAUAGCCCAGUUGUUAAUAUUGUAUCUGUACUAUUGGGUACAUAAUGGAAUCUCAGGUCGUUGAUCCUCACUCUACUCCAUCUGCAUACUUAGAAAAGUCUGUUCGUGUGCCUGCUGUAAACAUCUAUCCUUGCAUCAACACCGAUGAUACUGAUAAAUCAUCUACUCAUAGCUUGACUUGCAACCACUCCCUUGCUAACGUAGCUGUUUUUUCUGACUCUGUGUGUGGAUCCACCGCCAUUGCUGCCGAGCAGGCUUCCUUUGUUCCAUUAAUUUCUAGCUCAUCUUCAACACCUGGAAUUGUGCGUACCUCCACUGGUGCUGCUGUCAAGAUGAACCAUGCGGAAAAUGGAGCAACUGUUGCCUCACUUACCGAGUGUCCUGUUAAGCCUGCCUCUACUACUUCCUCCCCUGUAUUGGUCGAUAUAGCUUCUCCCAAGCUUAUACCCACAAAGUCUCGUUCUGGCUUGGACGCCCGCAAAGUUCAGGAGGGCGAGUUUGAAGCGGAGCGACAUUUUUACCCGCGAGUACUUAAUGCCAACAUCCACCCACUCGUAUCAUCGUUCUUUUCACUGGGCAAUGAACGUAUCCUUGCUAGAUAUACUCAUCUGAAUCCACAAGUCAACCUUGAUUCGUUGAAAUCGCUUCUUAAAUACAAACCCAAGUAUUUUCAGUGGGCUGGAUCUGAUCUUUUUCAUGUUACAACUGCCGAGGGUCAACGUCAAAUGAUCAUUGUUGAGACCAACUCAUGUCCAUCUGGUCAAAAAUCGAUGCCCCUACUCUCUGAAAUUGGCGAGGAGCACGAACACGGUGGUUAUGGCAUUGUGAUUGAUUCCACCUUUUGCGAACUGGCCGCUAAUGCUGACAAAUCACUUGGUGAUCUUGCUGUGGUGUGUGACAAGAACAUGAUGGAGGCAUCGGGGUAUGCUGCUGUUCUUGCCGAUACCGUCAAGGAGACGGUUUGGCUGGCAGAAUACUAUGUUGAAGAUCCUGAUCCACCAGUCAAGUGGAUUGAUGGUCUGAUGUACCUGAGAGAUGAACACAAAACAUGGCAUCCUAUUCGUGCUUGUUUCCGUUACGUUACUCAAAAACCAUGGAACCGUAUUCCCAUCAAUUCGAAAACCAUUGUUCUCAACAGCAUUGUAUCGUGUCUGGCUGGCGGACGCAAUAAAAUGAUGGCCUCUCGUGCAUACGAUUUCUUCAACUCGGAGCUCACUGGCACUGGUAUGGCAAUUCGCAUGCCUGAAACCAUUCGCAACGUAACCAAAAGCGAAAUCCCACUGUGGAUUGAUUCUAUGGGCGGUCAUGCCGUGCUCAAAGUCCCCUACUCGAACGCUGGCCAAGGUGUUUACACCAUUACCAAUAAGAAGGAGCUGGAUGAUUUUAUGAACACCGACCAUUUUUACGACAAGUUUAUUGUGCAAUCGCUUGUUGGAAAUGCUUCAUGGUCUUCUGUUACUCGUGCUGGCAAGUUUUUCCAUGUGGGUACGAUUCCCAAUAAAAAGAACCAUACGUAUGUAAGUGACUUGCGUAUGAUGGUGACUGCCAAUAGCAACGGGUUUCGCCCGGUUGCAUGCUAUGCGCGUAAGGCUCGGACUCCACUAUGUCGCAACCUUGAAGAUCAUCCCGAAUUAACUUCAUGGGAGAUGCUUGGCACCAAUUUGUCGGUUAAAACAGAUGGUGAAUGGACUACUGAAGCUCAGCGAUUGCUUCUCAUGGAUCGCAAGGAUUUUAAUCAUCUUGGUAUUGGAAUUGAUGAUUUGAUUGACGCAUAUAUUCAAACAGUCUUGUCCGUAAUUGCUAUUGAUAAAAUGGCACAGCGAUUGAUGAAAGAUGCACCAUCUACUGCUCCUCGAGAUCCAAACUAUCCAUGGUAUAACGAAAAGAUAUUUGAUUUUGAGCUUUUUGAAGCACUAAAUCCUGACAAGGCGUUACUCGACGAGAUUGUCAUGUAGUUCUCAAAGUCAAUCUGUCAAUACUUUUUGCCUUUUUGAUCAUCGUUUGUCAGCUUUGGUUUUAUGUACAUACUAGUCAGAGUCUGUUUAGAUUUUGAUAUUUCAUUCACAUUUAUCUUUGCUUUUUGUCGUCAACUGUUUUCCACAUCAUACCAAGAGGUCUAGAUCUAAGCUCUUGCAUAGUCUAUUCCUCUUGCAUGCUUAUUUUUACUUUUUAUCAGUUUCUUUACUACUGACUUGCCACGGAAUGUGUUUUGCAUCGACUGUCAUGUAUGAGAUUGAAUUGAUUAAAACCUUCAAACCCAAUUAGUCUAUUUU